AGGAUUGAUUUAGCCAUUAAAAAAAUUAAAAAAACUGUGGCUCCUACCUAUUAUUUACAAUUUACAUCACUCUCUCUUCGGCUAGAUCCAAAUUAUUCAAGAUGGAUUGGCAAGGGCAGAAGCUUGCAGAGCAGCUAAUGCAGAUCAUGCUGUUAGCAUUCGCAGUGGUGGCUUUUGCUACAGGAUACAUAACGGCGUCGUUUCAAACUAUGAUUCAAAUUUACGCAGCUGGUGUUGUUCUCACUACUUUAAUUACUAUCCCUAAUUGGCCUUUUUUCAAUCGUAAUCCUCUGAAAUGGCUCGAUCCUAGUGAAGCCGAUAAGCAUCCGAAGCCUCAGGUUCAGCCUGUAUCAUCUUCCAAAAAGAAAUCUGCUAAAAAAUAGGCUUUAGCAUUUGCUAAGGGUUUUAUAAUAUUGAAAUGAGGAAUAGAAUUGAAUUUUAUUGGGUUUAGUUUGAUGUUACAGUGAAGUUUGUUCGUUACAAAACAAUUUAAGAUUUAGACAAUGGCAAGUUAUAUCUGUUCUUGCUUGAUUUGAUUGUUUAUGAUCAGAAGAAAGUGCAUUUAUUUA